GUGGCAUCCAGACCAACCGCAGAGACGCAUGAUGUGGGCGAGGGCAAAACCCGUCCUCGGAUUUCUUUAACGGGACAACUGCGAAGGCGAGAUGGGCGUGACCGUGACAACGGAGUGUCUGGACUAGACCGAAAACACUCUUCUCCUGGAUUAAAAUCCGAGCUGUCUUCCGUGGGAUUGAUGACACUGGAGUGUGGCAAUGCAAACCACGCGACGUGAUGCGCGUGCCAUCCAGUUUAACACAGCGAGAGAUGAAUUAACAGCACGACACCCGAUUUUAAGGCCACACGGGGAUUGACAAGCCAAGGAUAUUCAAGACAGGGGUCUAGAACAUCAUCAGUUUUGGGGUGACAAUCAUGGUGACGUGUGGAUCCUGGGUUGAGGACCAAUGCAUUUUAAGCCGUGAGUCGUUCUUGUGGAUAUGGUUUUGGAAGGGAGCUCUGAAGCUCUUUGUCCUCCUCCAUCCCUGGAGCUGCGUCCAUCAUGCAACAAGAGCCAGCCGUCACCUCCUCUGGGCUCAGGAUCCCAGUCCCAUGAUGCCCUCUGCCCUGAGGAUGAGCCCAUCAAGUAUGGGGAGCUGAUUGUACUUGGACAUAAUGGUUCACUUGCUAGCGGGGACAAGGGCCGCAGAAGGAGUCGGCUGGCCCUUUACAAAAGACCCAAAUCCAACGGCGUCAAACCUGAUGUCAUCCACAACGUCUCCACACCUCUAGUGUCAAAGGCCCUAAGCAACAAAAGUCAGCACAGCAUCUCUUACACACUGUCCAGGAGUCAUUCUGUUAUCGUGGAAUAUACACAUGACCCAAACACUGACAUGUUUCAGAUCGGCCGUUCCACAGAGAGCAUGAUAGACUUUGUGGUGACAGACACAGCAGGCAGCGGCAGUGGAGGACAGGGACAAGGGGGAGCCAACGGAGAGGGAGGACAGUCGGCCCAGAGCACAAUCUCCCGCUAUGCUUGCCGCAUCAUGUGUGAGCGAAAUGCUCCGUAUACUGCACGAAUAUAUGCAGCGGGCUUUGACACUUCCAAAAACAUCUUCCUUGGGGAGCGAGCUGCUAAAUGGAGGACCUCAGAUGGUUUGAUGGAUGGGCUAACAACCAAUGGGGUGCUUGUGAUGCACCCAGCAGGGGAGUUUGUAUCCGAGCCCACUCCAGGGGUGUGGAGGGAGAUCUCAGUGUGUGGGAAUGUUUUUGCCCUUCGAGAGACACGAUCUGCCCAGCAAAGAGGAAAACUGGUCGAGAACGAGUCGAACAUGUUGCAGGAUGGUUCUCUAAUCGAUCUUUGUGGGGCCACUCUGCUCUGGCGGACCCCCAGCGGUCUUCGCCACACCCCAACUCUCAAACAGCUCGAAUCCCUACGUCAAGAACUAAAUGCUGCUCGUCCACAGUGUCCUGUGGGCUUCAACACACUCGCCUUCCCCAGCUUGGCCCAACGUGCCACCAUCGACAAGAAACAACCUUGGGUGUACAUGAACUGCGGCCACGUUCACGGCUACCACAACUGGGGCUUUCGCAAGGAGAAGGCAGGAUCAUCUGCCUUGGUGUUAACCGGGGGCGGAGGAACCGCUCCAGCCACCACUGGAGAGCGCGAGUGUCCCAUGUGCAGAGGGGUGGGCCCCUAUGUGCCCCUUUGGCUCGGAUGCGAAGGAGGGCUGUACCUGGACGCAGGCCCCCCGACACACGCGUUCUGCCCCUGCGGGCACGUGUGCUCGGAAAAGACGGUGCAAGGCUGGAGUCAAAUCCCACUGCCGCACGGAACGCAUGCCUUCCAUGCCGCUUGUCCUUUCUGUGGAACGUGGUUGACCGGAGAACAAGGCCACAUCAAACUCAUCUUCCAAGGGCCGGUCGACUGAGGGGAAAAGCUAUCGCUCGGAAAGUGCGACAUUAAAGGGAUAAUUCAUCCAAAAAUGAAAGUUCUAUCAUCAUUUAUUCGCUCUCAUUUUGUUCCACACCCAUAUGAUUUUCCUUUUUACAUGGAAGACAAAAGGAGAUGUUAGGCAGAAUGUUAGCCUCAAUAACCUUUCACUUUCAUUAUAUGAAAAAAAAAAAUGCAAUGAAAGUGAAUGGAGACCGAGGCUAACAUACUGCCUAACAUCUCUUUUGUUCUAUGGUCCAUAGAUGAAAGAAAGCCGUAUGGGUUUGGAAUGACAUGAGGGUGAGUAAAUGACAGAAUUCUCAUUUUGGGGUGAACCAUCCCUUUAGGAUUAAAUAACACAAAUUGAGAGUUUGGACUAUGGAGGAUGGACACCAAAUAAAGAGUAGUGAAAAAGGCAGGGAUGCAAAAGGGAAUAUACUUUGUGAUGCAGAAUGUGUAAAUAAAAGUGAUGAAAUAAAAAUUGUGAUUUACUGUGUGUAAGAGUGGAAGAUGUCAAUGAAAAUGUAAUACAUUUGCAUAUGUAAUAGCUUUCAUUCAAAAUGUGUAAUGAUGAAAAAGAGACUACUGUCAACAUCCAACAAUCGGUAGCUGCUCUACUUAACCAUGUUCGGGUCCCAUUUCUCUCCAAAAUCAAGAAAUAUUGCAUUAAGAAAUUUUUUUGGACCAUAAGAUAUUUUUGCAUUGUUGUGACAUAUAUAUAUAUAUAUAUAUAUAUAUAUGGUAUAUAUACUUUUUAUAGUUUUUUUGUUGUUGUUGCAUUAUUAUAAUUGCCACCCCAUUGUCAAAAAUCUAAACAUUUUAAAAGCCCUAAAAUAGGAUGCAUUUUAAGAUAAAUGUCUUCCUUGUGGUUUUGGGGUGAAAUAUGACACAGAGGUGCAGGUUUAAUUUGAUUUACCUAAUCAGCAAUUCUGUACUGGAGAGAAAGUGAGAAAAGAGAGGACAAAAAGAAGUCAUUUCAAUUACCAACUGGCACUAAAAUCAAUAGAGAAAAUCCAGUUUAAAUUUAUCAUCUGUGCGCAUAUGUUAAAUGGUGCAUGAACUACACAGGCAUGUUAAGAUAUUUUCAGGGUCUCCUUGUAGUGAUUUUGAUGAUCUGGCAAACUGAGAAAUUAGAGCGACGCUGCACCCACCUUUACCUCCAUCCUUCACACACACACACACACACACUCACACUCACUCUCUCUCUCUCUCUCUCUCUCUCAGGGGAGUCUGAGUGGAACGGUACAGUCCUGCAUACUGACUGCAGUUACUCUGACUGGCUAUAAAUAACUCAAGGUUAUUGGCUCACCCCUACUACACAUGCACCCCUCCCUCUCAAUGUGUGUGCAGAGACAAAAACAGAAGAACACGAGACAUAGUACAUCCAUUAACAGGUCAAAUCUAACAUUAGAGAUUCCAUUUAUUCUAUGUAUAUGGUGGAUUACAGUGGUUUAAUGGGACAUUGGGAAUAAAAUGGAUGACUGCAGAAGGCUAUCCAUAGUUCAUAUAUUACACUACUGGAAACUAAUCACUGAUUUUCACUCUCUGCCACCAAAAGGAGAUCCUUUCAUUUAUGUAUUUCUUUCAAAAGUAAAUAAUAAUAAUAUUGAGUUAACACAGAAUAACUCACAUACUCACGUCAGUAAUGACAAUAUGGGGAAUAUGUGCUUAAUGUCCUAUCCAUCAUUUUCUGUUUAAAAAAAUAAAAUUCUUGUAAUUGUGGGGUAAGAUGUGACCUAUAUAGGUCUACAAUGUUAUUGGCAGGCUUUGUGAGAUUUACCUUUAUACACACACACAUAUACGUUAUAUAUAUAUAUAUAUAUAUAUAUACACACAC